CCAGGCUGUUGCAUUUAGCAUAAAACCCGUUUUGCAUUAAGCGAGUCAAACAAUUCGCAUUUCAUGGAAAGCCUGGCAUUAGGGGAUGUAGUUUAUGUUUAUAAUAAUUUUUAAUUGCUUAUGAUGAAUUAAAGUUUAAAAUGUUCUAGGAGAAGACACAUUUAUGUUUGACUGUUAUGCUUUUUAGUUCUUCUAAAAGAGCACUUUCAAUUGCUAUUUAACAGAGGCUUAACUUUGACCAAUCAAAACGAUUUGUGUUAAGCAAUAAGCUACUUAAACCUUAGACCGUGUUGUUUGAAUGGACUGUUUUCCAACGAACACUUGUCUGUUCUUUUUACAAUAGGUUAAAAAUAUUUAGACAUAGCUGAAAAUAUAUAGUCCAACGGCAAUCCAUCUGCAGAAAGAAAUCAUCAUUCUUCUUUAAUUAAAAUAAUUAAAAGAAUGCUAUCUACCACAACUUUUGCAAUUUUGUUGAGUAUAUCCCCACAGGGGGCCGCUGAUGAUGUACCGCAUCUGUCACUACGUGUUCCUUAUCUUCCCGCCGUAUGCUCUCGCCUCUGGAUUCAUGGAUUUAAUUGAGAAUCAGGUGCGGACCACCAUCUACAAACGCUUUGACUAUGAUGCCUAUAACAGACCCUUCACCCUGGAAAUGAUUGGCUGGAAUCUCAUUGCCAUGGGAAUUGAAACAUUUGUCUUUUUUGUUCUGACCAUAGUGAUGGACUUGAAAUGCUGUUGUGGAAGCAACUCUAGACAACGCUACCUGGGCAUGAACGGGCCUGCAGACGAAGAUGUCGAUGUUUCAGCAGAGAAAGUGCGCAUUGAUCGAGGAGACUGUCGCCAGGAUGUGGUCGUGGUGCGCAAUCUCCAUAAGGUAUACAAGAGUGGGAAGACCGAGUUGCAAGCAGUGAACGGGCUCAGUUUUGGUGUGCCAGCCAAUCAGUGUUUUGGCCUUCUGGGAAUCAAUGGUGCAGGAAAGACAACAACAUUUAAAAUACUCACCGGCUGCAUUAAUGCAUCAGAUGGCUUCACUUCAGUUCUUGGAUCCAGGAUUCUUCCCGGCUCGUCCUCAGUGGGGCGCAUGGUGGGCUACUGUCCCCAGGAGGACGCCCUGGACAGCUACCUCAGCGUGGAGAGCAUGCUGCACUUCCACUGCAAGCUCAAGGGCAUCCCAGCAAGCAAGAGGACAGAGGAAGUGACUUCGGUGAUGGACCGUCUGCAGCUGACCCCUAUCAAGGGCAAGCUGGUGCGGGCGUGCAGUGGGGGCAUGAAGCGGAAGCUGUCUCUCGCCAUUGCCCUGCUGGGAUCACCACCUGUCAUAUUGCUGGAUGAGCCCACUACAGGCAUGGACCCCAAAGCCAAGAAGCUUGUCUGGGACUGUCUGUUCAGGGCCAAACAUCAGGGCCAGACCAUCAUCCUCACCUCACACAGCCUGGAGGAGUGUGAUAUUCUGUGUGAUAGGAUUGGAAUCAUGGUGAAUGGAAAAUUCAAAUGCCUGGGUAGCUCACAACAUUUGAAGCAGAAGUUUGGCAAUGGCUACACAGUUACCCUGUACGUGAGCGGCUUAUCUACAAUCGGCACGAGGAUCUAUGACCAAAUCCAUAACCACUUCCCCAGUGCCAGCAUCAGGAGCCAUCACGUGAACGUGAUUCAGCUGGACAUUCCACGAGAGUCAGUGAGCGUGGCAGAAAUGUUCUCAGUGCUGGAGAGAGAGAAGAACAACUACAACAUCAAGUACUACACAGUGUCACAGACCACCCUGGAAACAGUUUGGCAAUGGCUACACAGUUACCCUGUACGUGAGCGGCUUAUCUACAAUCGGCACAAAAAAAAAAAUUGGGAUCUGGAGGAAAAGCGUCGAAGAGCAAUUUCUGACAUGGACUAUGACAUUAGUGAAGGGCACAUGCCUUUUGUACAACCAGACGAAGAAGACCUUUCUGAAUACAAGUUCGCCAAGUUUUCCGCGACGUUCUUCCAAGCCAACGCGACGCACACCUACAUUCGGCUACCAAUCAGAACGUCGCUGCUGCAGUUGAAGUCAGAGAGCGAUCACAUGGCCGCACUUGCCGUCUGGAUUACAAUACUGCGAUUCAUGGGAGAUCUCCCUGAACCGAAAGUCUACACUGGAGUACAGGACACUAGGGACACAACUCCAGUGAUGACGAAGAUCUACUCAACGCUGGGCUGCAAGUUCAACAAGAAAGACCUGGAGGAGGCGCAGAGGAUGAACAUGGAGCUGGAGAACGAGCCCGCGGCCAUGAUGCGGGUCAGCGGGAAAAGCAGCAUACGCAAAAAGAUGGUGUCUUUGACCUUGAAGAAGAAGUCGAAGAUCACAGAAGAGUUCAAAAGUCACCUAGGUGACUCUGAGUACUACUCGCCUACCGGGCAGAACGCUCUGCUGGAGGAGAAACCCACCACGAACCUCGAGAAACUUCAUUUCAUUAUAGGCCAUGGAAUUCUGAGGCCUGAUUUGAGAGACGAGAUCUACUGCCAGAUUGCCAAGCAGUUGACCCAGAACCCGUCUCGAUCCUCCCACGCCCGCGGCUGGAUCCUCCUCUCCCUCUGUGUUGGAUGCUUCGCACCUUCGGACAGGUUCAUCAAGUAUCUACGUAACUUCAUCAGUGAAGGUCCACCUGGCUACGCUCCAUACUGCGAAGAACGCCUGAGACGAACCAUUGCAAAUGGCACACGCAACCAGCCACCAUCUUGGCUAGAGCUUCAGGCCACGAAAUCCAAGCGCCCACUGAUGUUGCCCAUCACGUUCAUGGACGGGAACACUAAGACGCUUCUUGCCGACUCUGCCACGACCGCCAGAGAGCUCUGCCAACAGCUUGGCGAGAAGAUUGUGCUCAGUGAUCAGUUUAGAUUCUCACUCUACAUUGCUCUCUUUGACAAGGUGUCCUCCCUUGGAAGCGGUGGAGACCAUGUGAUGGACGCUAUCUCCCAGUGCGAGCAGUAUGCCAAGGAGCAGGGCGCCCAGGAGAGGAACGCCCCCUGGCGGCUCUUCUUCAGGAAGGAGAUCUUUGCACCCUGGCACGACCCCAGCGAGGACGCCACGGCAACCAACCUGAUCUACCAGCAGGUUGUCAGGGGAAUCAAGUUUGGGGAAUACCGCUGUGACAAGAUUUUCCUGAACAUUGCUGGUGAACAGACGGAUGGAGCCAAUCUUGAUGUCUCGGACACAAACUCAAGUUCUGGAGCUACAGGCUCAGAUAUCAGCAGCAAAAUGGCGCCAAUGGGCGUCUCAAACCCUUUCUAUGAGCAUGUCAAGAAACCCAUCACCCUUGCAGACACAGGCAUGGGCCCCAAUGGCUCCAAGGCACAUUCCCCAUUCGUGCUUUCAGUAAAAGACAAGCUCAAUUUUAAAGAUGAGGAUGGUGAAAUUUUCACCACCAGCCUGUAA